AUGGACCUUAUAGAACAACAGAGUAAUAAGAAAAGAAAGACAAUAAUGACAUCCUCAUUAAUACCCACAGCAGAAUACACUGCUCCGGAUAUAUCACAACAAUUAUUCCAUCCCGGAGAUGGACCACAUACUACAUAUGGUAAAACAACGCAGAUUUCAGAUAUUGUUAUAAAAGCAGGUGGUGAAGAUAGAGAUAAACCAAGUAAACAUAAAGAUACUGCAUUGGGCCAUUUACGUGCUCAGUUAACUACUCUUCAAGAUCAAAUAAAUGUAUUUCUUACUGAACGAAUGCAAUUGGAGAAAGAUAAAAUUAAGGGACAACAAAUUGAAGACGAUGUUGAAAGAAGAAUUUUAGAUGAAGGUGUUGAUGAGAAUGAAAGUGAUUAG